AUGGACGAACACAAACCCCCCAUCAUACAAACAACAACCGGCCAAAAGGAUAUCUUCAACGAACCCGUAACCUCCAUUCUCAAACCCAACGACAUCCCCCUCGCCCCCUCCUCCGCCUCUUGGACCUCCGACGACGAAGUCCUCGCCUCACUCGGGUACAAACCCGAGUUCAAGCGCGAAUUCACAUUAUGGACGACUUUCUCCGUAUCCUUCGCUGUUUUGGGUCUUUUGCCCAGUUUCGCGUCGACGCUGUAUUAUGGGAUGGGGUAUGCGGGUACGGCGGGGAUGACAUGGGGAUGGUUGAUCGCUAUGGUGGGGAUACAAUCUGUCGCUGCAAGCAUGGCGGAGAUCUGUUCGUCCAUGCCCACGAGUGGUGGGUUGUACUACGCUUCCGCAGUCCUCGCUCCACCUGGGUGGGGACCCCUGGCUGCGUGGCUCACCGGGUGGUCGAAUUGGAUGUCCCAAGUCACCGGCGCACCCUCCGUCAACUACGGUACAGCCGCAAUGAUCCUCGCUGCUGCAAGCAUCCAGAAUCCGGAGUAUGUCCCACAGAACUAUCAGGUCUUUUUCGUUACGGUUUUGUUGAUGCUCGUACACGCCACUAUGGCGUCGUUGCCGACGAAGAGGAUUGCGCAGGUUAAUAGCACUGGGAGUACGUUUAAUAUGAUCGCCCUCGUGAUUGUCAUCAUCCUCAUACCUGCAGGGACGAAUAGAGUGAGUCAGGGAUUGCCGAGAUUCACACCUUCCUCGGAGGUCUGGGGCACGAUCUAUCCGGGAACCGAAUUCCCCGCCGGUGUCGGCGUAUUGAUGUCGUUCGUCUCAGUCAUCUGGACCAUGUCCGGGUACGACGCCCCCUUCCACCUCUCCGAAGAAUGCUCCAACGCCUCCAUCGCCUCCCCCCGCGCAAUCUUCCUCACCUCCGCAAUCGGUGGAACAUUCGGCUGGGUCCUCCAACUCGUCGUCGCAUACACCGUCGUCGACAUCCCAGCCGUUCUCUCCUCCGACUUGGGUCAACCAUUCGCGGCGUAUCUCAUACAAUGUCUCCCGCAACAAACCGUCAUGGCUAUACUGUCUCUCACCAUCAUCGCUGGGUUCGCGAUGGGGCAGGGGUGUAUGGUCGCUGCGUCGAGGGUGACGUUUGCAUAUGCGAGGGAUGGGUGUUUCCCAUUCUCCGAAUACUGGUCCCGGGUGAAUAAACACACCAAGACCCCGGUCAACGCCGUAUGGUAUAAUUGCACAAUUGGGAUUUGUCUCGUCCUCCUUAUCUUCGGCGGGACGAUCACCAUUGGCGCAUUGUUCAGUAUCGGGGCCAUUGCUGCGUUCGUCGCAUUCACGAUCCCGAUCUUCAUCCGUGUCUUUUUCGUCGGCGACAGAUUCCGUCCUGGCCCCUGGAACCUCGGCCGUUUCUCCAUCUACAUCGGGAGUAUCGCGUGUGCCUUCGUCGCACUCAUGGUACCAAUCCUCUGUCUUCCCAGCGUCACGGGCCGAAAUCUGAGUCCGUCGCUGAUGAAUUGGACGGUAUUGGUGUAUGGCGCACCCAUGGCUUUUGUGGUGGUGUGGUGGGCGGUGAGUGCGAGGAAGUGGUUUAAGGGGCCCAAGGUGAAUGUUGAGCAUAUGAUGCUGGAUAGGUUGGAGGCGAUUGAGGGGCAGGAGGUUUUGAGGCCGGGGGAGAUGGAGGAGGUGCAGAAGGUGUGA